AGGGUUGCUGGCUGACUUCUUACGAAGAAGUUCCUUCUAACAGAAAGGCAGUGAUAGUGCCCAGCAUGUUCCCUUCAGGUCAAGCUGGGGAGCCAAGGGAAGCAUCUGCUUUUGGUGAAGAAGAGAUAUCAGUCAAUGUGAAUGAGCUACAAACUGAUACCUCUUUGCAGAAGCAAUGUCAAAUUGAUGAAAAUUUCGAUGAAAACUUCCCUCUUGAAAGAGGUAACUGUGAUGUGGGUGACGGCAUUGCUUCGAGUAAGACUUGUGAGGAAAAUGAGACAGAAAAGUUUUGCUCUCAAUCCAUAACUCCAAGAAAUCCAAAACCUAAAGCAAAAGAAGUUUCGAACUUUCCUUUGGAACGAUGUAUGAGGAUUUUGCCACAUGACCAAAAUGGAGGAGCCUUUUCAAUUGCUGUCCUCCAAAAAUUUCUCAUUCAAGAGACAGGCCAAGUAAGCAAGUAGGUUAUACGGAUGAAAGUGGCAAGACUGGAGGGCCAGCAAAGGAGGUCAAUGAGGCAUCAUGCACGGGUAAUACAAGCAUAAUUGUUAAUGCACCAAGUGAUGAUAAUGGUGAUUUAGCUGAGGGAAGUGUGGCCUCAGAUUCUUUGGA